AAGAAAGGUUUCGGUGGAAGGCGGGACAGGACGGGGAUGGGAGGAAGAGAAAUGUGAUAAAUUGGGUGCGGGAGAACGCUGCGAAGGUUUGGGGGCGCUGAGCCGGGGCUGUCCCCUCCUGCUGCUCAUCCCCAGGGUCAAACUCUUCCCCUUUUGUUCCUGUUGUGCCUGUUCGCCGAGGGUGCAGAAAUAAAGCGAGAAAAGUGCACUUGUGGCGUCGCUGUGAUUUCGCCCAAAUCCUCCCUGAAACCAGUGCAAAAUCCCCACUGCCAUGGGUGGGAGCUGAAACAAGGCUCUGUGUAACCUCAAGGGUUCUGUGUGAAAAUGGGCUCCAAAACAGACAUCAAGAACAUGCUUGAAGAGCUAUUAAUUCAUAAGCCAGAUGAUCCCAUUGAGUUCAUGAUAAACCACUUAAAGCAAAACAAUGAUGAUGCUCCAAGAAUUUGUGUCCUUGGUCCACCUGCUUCUGGGAAAACUACAGUUGCAAUGUGGCUUUGUAAACAUUUCAAUGCCAUACGUGUCUCUCAGGAGACUUUGUUAUUCAAGGAAGCAUUAAGGCAGACAGAGGAAGCAAAGGCAUAUAAAGAAAGAAACCAGAAAAUUCCCAACGCGCUUUGGGCCAAUCUGAUCCAGGAGCGUCUGUCAAACGUGGACUGCAUCAAACAAGGAUGGAUUUUGGAAGGCUUCCCUGAAAACCAGGAGCAGGCAUGGAUGCUGCAAUCAUCUGGCAUUUUUCCUAGGCAUGUUGUUAUGCUCUAUGCCCCAGACACUGUGCUGAUUGAGAGGAGUGGUGGGAAAAGGCUGGAUCCCCUCACACAAGAGGUUUUCCACACAACCUUUGACUGGCCAAGUGACCCCCUGGUGCAGGAGAGGUUGGUGAAACCAGAAGAUCUGUCUGAGCAGGAGGUGUCCAAGAAGCUGCUGGAAUACCACAGAAACUUCCCUGAGAUUUUCCACAUCUACCAGAAGGUUCUGAAAUCCAUCAACGCAGACCAGCCCUCGGUGGAUGUUCUCUCACAGGUCCUUGCCUUUGUCCAAACCCGGCACCGUUCCGCCGCCCCCUUCACGCCCCGGAUUCUCUUUUUUGGCCCCCCAGGCAGUGGGAAGAGCCUGCAGGCAGCACUAAUAGCUCAGAAAUAUGAUGUUGUCAACAUUUGCUGUGGGCAACUGCUAAAGGAAGCUGUUGCAGACAACACAAAACUUGGAGAACUCGUUAAGCCUUACAUUGACAGUGGAUGCCCAGUGCCAAACAACCUGGUCCUGAAGCUGCUGACAGAGCGCCUGAGCUCCCUGGACUGCCUGAGCCAUGGCUGGGUGCUCUCAGGCUUCCCCAGGGAUGUGGAGCAGGGGGAGCAGCUGCAGAAAGCACAGAUCAACCCCAACAGGGUGUUCUUCUUUAAUCUGCCCUACGAGUCCAUCAUGGAGCGCCUGUCCCAGAGGAGAACUGAUCCUGUCACUGGGGAGAGGUACCACACCACAUUCAGACCAGCUCCCACCCCAGAGAUCCAGGCCAGGCUCAGGCAGAACCCCAAGGAUGAGGAAGAGAACAUUGAGAAGCGCCUGAACAUCUACUACAGCAAUGUCAAGGCCCUGGAGGAUUUUUACCAAGAUGCCUUUUAUGUCAAUGCUGACCAAGACCCUUAUGUUAUCUUUGAGUUCAUAGAAAGCUGUAUCAUUAAGCCCCUUCCAUGUAGAAAACCUUAGAAGUUUAAAAUUUAAAGGGAUGAUUUUUGGAAGAGUUGAUUUUAAAUUUUUCCCUGUAAUAUUUGCAGUCUGGUUGUUGAAGUGGCAGGUUAUGAGCAGGGAGGGGAAAUUCAGCCAAGCUGUGCUAAAUCUGAAGCUCACCAAGGCUGAGUGAAGUACAGAGGGUAAGAAAUUGGGCUUUAGAGGAAAGUUUUUGGCUUUUGUUUCAUGAUGCAAGAUAGGAAACACUGUGGCUGAGGAAGUCCUGUGUUUAAUUCAAAUUUUUUUUUCCUGUUUCUGAAUAGUAGUUUUGUCUUCACUAUGCAAGACCCAUGAAGCCAGUUUGGAGUAUUAAACCUCUUAGAUGUGUUUGUGUCUUAAUUCUCCACCAAAACCACCCAGGCACUCCUUGCCUCCCUCUGUCCCUGCAAGCAAACCCUAAAGCAAAGAGAAAAACAAAACUCCCAGCUCUGCAGUGAGCUUUCUCCACAGUGUUUGAGGUUGGGGCAGAGGUUUUAACUCCCCUGUUAAUUCAGAUUAUUUAAAAAGUGCUGACAAACCCUCUGCAGAUCCCCGUUCUGCUGGACAGGAUACCCAGAGCCAUGGAAAGCUGAUUGCAGCUCCAUCACUUGCAGAACCCAAUCAAGGACAUAACGAGCUGCAGGAGCAGAUACUCUUGCAGAGUUUCACUGAAAUUCCUGCCAUGGCCAAAUUCUCUCCUAUGGCUGUACCUGGCACCUGCUGCUCUGGGCAAGCCUCUGGAACCAUGGAUUAUCUGGAGAGUUCCAUGUCCUACAGUAA